CUUAACCGGUUAAUCCGUAGCGGGUCGGACGCCUCAGGGCGGUUUUUAUUUAAUUCUGUUUUUCCAAUCAUCCGAGGGCUAGCGAUUACGGCGGACGGCGACGGAGGCAGAAUGAUGGAGCUAACGAUUACACAACCGGAUGAUUUCCAUCUCCAUCUUCGCGACGGUGCUCUUCUCGAAGCCGUAACCCCUCACAGUGCAAAGCAUUUCGGAAGAGCUAUAAUCAUGCCCAAUUUGAAGCCACCUAUCACCACCACAUCUUCCGCUAUUUCUUAUCGCGAUUCAAUUUUGAAAGCAAUUCCUAAAUCUUCCAAUUUCAAUCCUCUCAUGACACUUUACCUCACUGAUGCUACCACUCCUCAUGAGAUUCAACUCGCAAAAAAAAGUGGAUUUGUUUAUGGUGUGAAGCUAUAUCCUGCUGGUGCUACAACAAACUCUCAAGAUGGUGUUACAGAUCUUUUUGGAAAUUGUUAUUCUGUUCUUGAGGAAAUGGUUCACCAAGGUUUACCAUUAUUGGUUCAUGGAGAAGUCACAAAUCCAGAAGUUGAUAUUUUUGAUCGCGAAAAGGUCUUUAUUGAAACAAUUUUAGAGCCUUUAAUUCAAAGGCUUCCGCAAUUGAAGGUUGUGAUGGAGCAUAUUACUACCAUGGAUGCCGUUAAGUUUGUAGAGUCUUGCAAAGAAGGUUAUGUAGCAGCAACUGUUACACCUCAGCAUAUUCUUCUCAAUCGAAAUGCUCUGUUCCAAGGUGGUUUACAACCUCACAAUUAUUGUCUUCCCGUGCUUAAAAGAGAGAUCCACAGACAGGCUAUUGUGUCAGCUAUCACUAGUGGAAGCAAGCGAUUUUUCCUCGGAACUGAUAGUGCUCCACAUGAUAGGCGUAAUAAGGAAUGUGCUUGUGGAUGUGCUGGCAUAUACAACUCUCCGGUCGCUCUAUCACUAUAUGCCAAGGUUUUUGAAGAGGCUGGUGCACUGGACAAGCUGGAGGCUUUUACAAGUUUUAAUGGACCUGACUUCUAUGGUAUCCCCAGAAACAAGUCUAAGAUUAGACUGAGGAAAUCACCUUGGAGAGUACCUGAGUGUCUGUCAUUUCCUUUUGGAGAUAUUAUUCCCAUGUUUGCCGGUGAAACACUUGAUUGGGAGGCAUUGCUUAUUUGAUUGGUCUCCGCACAUGCCGAAGAGGACUUAGGUAUGUAGAGUUUAUUGGAGUAUGUUAAUCUAGUUAGUUGGAUUUGGUUGCUUUGAUAACUGAACUUGAUAGUUUGUACCAGCAUGUCACACUCGUAGAAUAAGUGCGUUUUGGGGCGUAUCACAAAUCAGAAAUGUGGGCAGAAAUAAUGAUUAAACUUCUAUUUCUUUGAAAGUUUUGUAUCUUUCAGCUAAAAUAGCUGGUUGUUGAGAUGUGAAUUUUUGUGGCCAUUCAAAAAUAUGAUCAGGCAAUUUUUUUGUGUUCUAAUUUUAUGUAUGUACUAUGUAUCAGUUUGUAAGUUUUACACAUUAUUCUCAUUUCUGUUUUGCAAGUUAAUGAUAGAAAUUUCACUUAGAA